AUUCUAUUCUCUGAUAUCUCGCGCACACAGACCCCCACCACACACCACGUCCAUCUCUCUCUCUCUGGCUGUGGCCGUCCUGUUUCUCUCUAUCUCUCUCUUCGCUUUUGGAAGACGAACAAGAUGAUGCGUUUGGCGAAGAUAAAGAUUCGAUGCUUUGUCAGUCUCCUAUUGGUCGAUCUAUUGUUUUCUCGCAGAUUUUAAUGUCACACGUCGCGCCACGGCCGAUCCGAUCUGAUUCGGUUCUGUUUCGCGCCGGAGAUUUCGGAAGAUUUCCGAAACUAUUUUGUCCGCUGCUUGAUUCUGCUAAAGCUUCGAUUUCUCGAGAAUUCACCAAGUAGAUCUUUGAAGUUUGAAGUUUGUGAAAUUUUUGAGUCUGUUGAAAAGCUGUGAUAAUGGAAGAUGGAAAAGUGAACAAGGUGAGUGGUGGAAUGCCAGACACUGUGUUUGAGUGUGUGAUCAGUUACAUUGACGACGCACGUGACCGCGACGCAGUGUCUCUGGUGUGUCGGCGAUGGUACGAGAUCGACAAGACGACGCGAAAGCACGUUACGAUCGCUCUAUGUUAUACCACGACGCCGCAGAUGCUGUGGCGGAGGUUUCAGCACCUGGAGUCGCUGAAAUUGAAGGGGAAGCCGAGAGCGGCGAUGUUUAAUCUGAUUCCGGAGGAUUGGGGAGGGUAUGUGACUCCCUGGGUGGAAGAGAUUUCGAGGUCGUUUAGUUGCUUGAAGGCUCUUCACUUUCGCCGGAUGAUUGUGAUGGACUCGGAUCUUGAGCUCCUUGCUCAUUCUCGUGGUCGAGCUUUACAAUCGCUCAAGCUUGACAGAUGCUCUGGAUUUUCCACUGAUGGUCUUCUUCAUGUCGGCCGAUUUUGCAGGAGUUUGAAAACCUUGUUUCUGGAAGAGAGCACAAUCAAAGAGAAAGAUGGAGAAUGGCUUCAUGAGCUUGCUUUGAACAACACUGUUCUUGAAAGUUUGAACUUAUACAUGACAGAGCUUCUCAAAAUCAGAUUCCAAGACCUUGAACUCAUAGCCAGAAAUUGUCGCUCUCUUGUCUCGGUGAAAAUUAGUGAGUGUGAAUUACUGGAUCUUAUUGGUUUCUUUAGUGCUGCAGCUGCAUUAGAAGAGUUUUGUGGGGGUUCUUUUGGUGAGCAACCAGAAAAGUACUCGUCUGUAUCAUUUCCCCAAAGAUUGCGCUCCUUGGGUCUAACAUACAUGGGCCGGAACGAAAUGCCCAUUGUAUUUCCAUUUGCUUCCCUACUGAGAAGACUCGAUCUCCUCUAUGCACUUCUCGACAUGGAGGACCAUUGUCUCUUGAUUCAAAGGUGCCCUAACUUGGAAGUUCUUGAGGCAAGAAAUGUUAUUGGAGACAGAGGAUUGGAAGUUCUUGCUCGGUGUUGCAAAAAAUUAAGGAGGCUUCGGAUUGAGCGAGGUGCUGACGAACAGGGGAUGGAGGAUGAAGAAGGAUUAGUUUCACACCGAGGAUUAAUUGCUUUGGCGCAAGGCUGCCUGGAACUAGAAUACGUAGCCGUAUACGUCUCUGAUAUUACAAAUGCAUCACUGGAAUGUAUCGGCGCACAUUUGAAAAACCUCUUCGACUUCCGUCUGGUCUUACUCGAUCGUGAAGAAACAGUCACAGAUUUACCUCUCGACAAUGGAGUCCGAGCCCUAUUACAAGGUUGCUCUAAGCUAAGAAGGUUUGCUCUGUAUGUUCGGCAGGGGGGUCUAACUGAUGUGGGACUCGGUUAUAUCGGGCAGUACAGCCCAAACGUGAGAUGGAUGCUUCUGGGCUCUGUCGGGGAUUCUGAUGCAGGGCUUCUCGAGUUCUCUAGGGGCUGUCCUAAACUACAAAAGCUCGAAAUGAGGGCAUGUGUUUUCAGUGAAGAUGCUCUGGCUAGGGUUGUGUUGCGGCUACCUUCUCUUAGGUACUUAUGGGUGCAAGGGUACCGAGCAUCAGCAGCCGGUCACGAUCUCUUAGCCAUGGCUCGGCCCUUUUGGAAUAUUGAGUUAAUCCCAGCAAGACGAAUGGUUGUUGCCAAUCCGGUCGGGGAAGCAGUUCUCGAUGAGCAUCCCGCCCAUAUACUUGCAUACUACUCCCUUGCUGGACAAAGAACUGAUUUUCCCAAUACCGUCAGACCUUUGGAAGCAGCCGCUGCCCUUGAUAACGAGUAGAUCUGUAUAUAAAUCUGUCUCUAAUGUUGCACGGUCUCUGUUAGAUGUCAUGUUUAUAGAUUCUCUCCUGUAGCUUUUCUUUUCGGUAAGAGGGUAUUUUUUUUUUCUUUCUUUUCCACUUCAUCUAAAGUUGUAGUUUUGAUCUGUGUCUCUGAACUUUGACCUGUAAUAAGCAUGCUUUGUUCUGUUACUUUAAAGCACUCGCUUGCGACUUGGUUGUGCUGCCCUUUCAAUUGUGCUUGGGACAAUUAAUUACUUCUAAGUUUUAAAAUCAUUGGUAAACUUGUAUGAACUUCUCUGUGAUUCA